CACCGUCACAGCGCUGAGCACAGCCCGCAAGCGGCAGCAGCUCCAGGCUCGGGAAUCCGCGCCGGUGCCCGUGCCCAUGCGGAGCCGCAGCCAGUGACGCCGGAGAGGUAUCUCCCACCCUUGCCGGGGCUCCUGCCACCACUAGGAGUGACCGACAAAGGCCGCAGAGAUGGCUGGGGCCUCGGUGAAGGUGGCGGUGCGAGUCCGCCCCUUCAAUUCCCGAGAGAUGAGCCGUGACUCCAAGUGCAUCAUCCAGAUGUCAGGAAGCACCACCACCAUCGUGAACCCCAAGCAGCCCAAGGAGACGCCCAAGAGCUUCAGUUUCGACUACUCCUACUGGUCCCACACCUCGCCCGAGGACAUCAACUACGCCUCGCAGAAGCAGGUGUACCGGGACAUCGGCGAGGAGAUGCUGCAGCACGCCUUCGAGGGCUACAACGUGUGCAUCUUCGCCUAUGGACAGACAGGGGCGGGGAAGUCCUACACCAUGAUGGGCAAGCAGGAGAAGGGCCAGCAGGGUAUCAUCCCACAGCUCUGUGAAGACCUCUUCUCCCGAAUCAACGACACAACUAAUGACAACAUGUCCUACUCCGUGGAGGUCAGCUACAUGGAGAUUUACUGUGAGCGUGUCCGUGACCUCCUGAACCCCAAGAACAAGGGCAACCUGCGCGUGAGGGAGCAUCCGCUGCUGGGGCCCUAUGUGGAGGACCUCUCCAAGCUGGCUGUCACCUCCUACAAUGACAUCCAGGACCUCAUGGACUCAGGGAACAAGGCCAGGACGGUGGCAGCCACCAACAUGAACGAAACCAGCAGCCGCUCUCACGCCGUCUUCAACAUCAUCUUCACCCAGAAGCGCCAUGAUGCAGAGACCGACAUAACCACUGAGAAGGUGAGCAAAAUCAGCCUGGUGGACCUGGCCGGCAGUGAGCGGGCGGACUCCACGGGGGCCAAGGGCACGCGCCUCAAGGAGGGAGCCAACAUCAACAAGUCCCUGACCACCCUGGGGAAGGUCAUCUCUGCCCUGGCUGAAAUGGACUCUGGGCCCAACAAGAACAAGAAGAAGAAGAAGACAGACUUUAUCCCCUACCGGGACUCCGUGCUGACCUGGCUGCUCCGCGAGAACCUGGGUGGCAACUCGAGGACCGCCAUGGUGGCCGCCCUGAGCCCUGCGGACAUCAACUAUGACGAGACACUCAGCACGCUGAGGUACGCGGACAGGGCCAAGCAGAUUCGCUGCAACGCCAUCAUCAAUGAAGACCCCAACAACAAGCUGAUCCGGGAACUGAAGGAUGAGGUGACGCGGCUGCGGGACCUGCUGUACGCCCAGGGCCUGGGUGACAUCACCGACACCAACUCUGUGCCCGGAGGACCCAAAUUGACCAACGCCCUGGUGGGCAUGAGCCCCUCAUCCUCGCUCUCGGCUCUGUCCAGCCGUGCCGCCUCGGUGUCCAGCCUCCAUGAGCGCAUCUUGUUUGCCCCUGGCAGCGAGGAGGCCAUUGAAAGGCUGAAGGAGACAGAGAAGAUCAUCGCGGAGCUCAACGAGACCUGGGAGGAGAAGCUGCGGCGGACGGAGGCGAUUCGGAUGGAGAGGGAAGCACUGCUGGCCGAGAUGGGUGUGGCCAUGAGGGAGGACGGUGGCACCUUGGGUGUGUUCUCUCCCAAAAAGACUCCUCACCUUGUGAACCUGAACGAGGACCCGCUGAUGUCCGAGUGCCUCCUGUACUACAUCAAGGACGGCGUCACCAGAGUGGGCAGGGAGGAUGCCGAGAGGCGGCAGGACAUUGUCCUGAGCGGACACUUCAUCAAGGAGGAGCACUGUGUCUUCCGGAGCGACUCCAGGGGAGGCAGUGAAGCUGUGGUGACCCUGGAGCCCUGUGAGGGGGCAGACACGUACGUCAAUGGCAAGAAAGUCACUGAGCCCAGCAUCCUGCGGUCAGGAAACCGCAUCAUCAUGGGUAAGAGCCACGUGUUCCGGUUCAACCACCCGGAGCAGGCCCGCCAGGAACGGGAGCGCACGCCCUGCGCGGAGACGCCGGCGGAGCCUGUGGACUGGGCCUUUGCCCAGCGUGAGCUGCUGGAGAAGCAAGGCAUUGACAUGAAGCAGGAGAUGGAGCAGAGGCUCCAGGAGCUGGAGGACCAGUACCGCCGAGAGCGGGAGGAGGCCACCUACCUGCUGGAGCAGCAGAGGCUGGACUACGAGAGCAAGCUGGAGGCCCUGCAGAAGCAGAUGGACUCCAGGUACUACCCAGAGGUGAACGAGGAGGAGGAGGAGCCCGAGGACGAAGUGCAGUGGACAGAGCGCGAGUGUGAGCUGGCCCUGUGGGCCUUCCGGAAGUGGAAGUGGUACCAGUUCACGUCCCUGCGGGACCUGCUGUGGGGCAAUGCCAUCUUCCUCAAGGAGGCCAAUGCGAUCAGCGUCGAGCUCAAGAAGAAGGUCCAGUUCCAGUUUGUCCUCCUCACGGAUACCCUCUACUCCCCACUGCCGCCAGACCUGCUGCCCCCAGAGGCUGCCAGAGACCGGGAGACUCGGCCCUUCCCCCGCACGAUAGUGGCCGUGGAAGUGCAGGACCAGAAGAACGGGGCCACCCACUACUGGACGCUGGAGAAGCUCAGGCAGCGCCUGGACCUGAUGCGCGAGAUGUACGACAGGGCCGCGGAGGUGCCCUCCAGCGUGGUGGAGGACUGCGACAACGUGGUGACCGGUGGAGACCCCUUCUAUGACCGCUUCCCCUGGUUCCGGCUGGUGGGCAGUCCAGUCAUCUCUGGCUGCAACAGCUACCCUCUUCUCAACACAUGCAUGAGCGAGCGCAUGGCUGGUCUCACCCCCUCCCCCACCUUCUCGAGCCCCGACUCCGACGCCACCGAGCCUGCCGAGGAGCAGAGCGUGGGGGAGGAGGAGGAGGAGGAGGAGGAGGAGGAGGAGGAGGACCUGGAGGACGACGUCUUUCCGGAGCACACGCUGUGCGACGGCCGGGACCCGUUUUACGACCGGCCCCCCCUGUUCAGUUUAGUAGGAAGGGCCUUCGUCUACCUGAGCAACCUGCUGUACCCCGUGCCUCUGGUGCACCGCGUGGCCAUCGUGAGCGAGAAGGGCGAGGUGAAGGGCUUCCUCCGCGUGGCCGUCCAGGCCAUCUCAGCUGAUGAAGAGGCCCCUGAUUACGGCUCUGGUGUCCGCCAGUCAGGAACCGCUAAAAUCUCCUUUGACGACCAGCAUUUCGAGAAGUUUCAGUCUGAGUCCUGCCCCGGGGUGGGGAUGGCUCGCUCGGGGACCUCUCAGGAAGAGCUGCGCAUUGUGGAGGGCCAGGGCCAGGGCGCAGAUGCAGGGCCCUCGGCCGACGAGGUGAACAACAAUACCUGCUCAGCAGCAGUGCCCCCAGAAGGUCUCCUGCUGGACAGCCCUGAGAAAGCCGUCCUGGAUGGGCCCCUGGACGCUACCCUGGACCACCUCCGCCUGGGCAGCACCUUCACCUUCCGUGUGACCGUCCUGCAGGCCUCCAGCAUCUCUGCCGAAUACGCUGACAUCUUCUGCCAGUUUAACUUCAUCCACCGCCAUGAUGAGGCCUUCUCCACGGAGCCCCUGAAGAACACGGGCAGGGGGCCCCCCCUCGGUUUCUACCACGUCCAGAACAUCGCAGUGGAGGUGACCAAGUCCUUCAUUGAGUACAUCCGGAGCCAGCCCAUCGUGUUCGAGGUCUUUGGCCACUACCAGCAGCACCCAUUCCCGCCUCUCUGCAAGGAUGUGCUCAGCCCCCUGAGGCCCUCCCGCAGACACUUUCCCCGGGUCAUGCCACUGUCCAAGCCAGUGCCUGCCACCAAGCUCAGCACGCUGACACGGCCCUGCCCGGGACCCUGCCACUGCAAGUACGAUCUGCUGGUCUACUUCGAGAUCUGCGAGCUGGAGGCCAACGGGGACUACAUCCCUGCUGUGGUGGACCACCGUGGCGGCAUGCCCUGCAUGGGGACCUUCCUCCUCCACCAGGGCAUCCAGAGGCGGAUAACUGUGACGCUGCUGCAUGAGACGGGCAGCCACAUCCGCUGGAAGGAAGUGCGCGAGCUGGUCGUGGGUCGCAUCCGAAACACUCCGGAGACUGACGAGUCCCUGAUCGACCCCAACAUCCUGUCCCUCAACAUCCUCUCGUCUGGAUAUGUCCACCCAGCCCAGGAUGACCGGCAGUUUCUUGAUUCGGACAUUCCUAGCCUUCCCUUCCGGAAUGACACUAGGACCUUCUACCAGUUUGAGGCCGCCUGGGACAGCUCCAUGCACAACUCCCUCCUGCUGAACCGCGUCACGCCCUACAGGGAGAAGAUCUACAUGACCCUGUCCGCCUACAUUGAGAUGGAGAGCUGCACCCAGCCCGCUGUCAUCACCAAGGACUUCUGCAUGGUCUUCUACUCCCGCGACGCCAAGCUGCCAGCCUCACGCUCCAUCCGAAACCUGUUCGGCAGCGGGAGCCUGAGGGCCUCAGAGGGCAACCGAGUGACUGGCGUGUACGAGCUCAGCCUGUGCUACGUGGCGGACGCCGGCAGCCCAGGGAUGCAGCGGCGGCGCCGGCGGGUGCUGGACACCUCCGUGGCCUAUGUCCGGGGUGAGGAGAACCUGGCCGGCUGGCGGCCCCGGAGUGACAGUCUGAUCCUGGACCACCAGUGGGAGCUGGAGAAGCUGAGCCUCCUGCAGGAGGUCGAGAAGACCCGUCACUACCUGCUCCUGCGGGAGAAACUGGAGACCACCCAGCGGCCCGGCCCUGAGGUGCUGUCCCCCGUCUCCAGUGAAGACUGUGAGUCCCGAAGCUCCUCUGGCGCCUCCUCCCCACUGUCCGCCGAGGGCCGACAGUCGCCCCUGGAGGCACCCAAUGAGAGGCAGCGGGAGCUGGCAGUCAAGUGCUUACGUCUGCUCACGCACACGUUCAACAGAGAGUACACCCACAGCCAUGUCUGCAUCAGUGCCAGCGAGAGCAAGCUCUCUGAGAUGUCCGUCACCCUGCUGCGGGACCCGUCCAUGUCGCCUCUGGGAGCAGCCACGCUCACCCCGUCCUCCACCUGCCCCUCUCUGGUUGAAGGUCGCUACGGUGCCACCGACAUGCGGACCCCGCAGCCCUGUUCCCGGCCAGCCAGCCCAGAGCCAGAGCCAGUGCCAGAGGCAGACUCCAAGAAGCCCCUGUCCCCUGCGCGGGCCACAGAGGCCGAUAAGGAGCCCCAGCGCCUCCUGGUCCCCGACAUCCAGGAAAUCCGAGUCAGCCCGAUCGUGUCCAAGAAGGGGUACCUGCACUUCCUGGAGCCGCACACAGCCGGCUGGGCCAAGCGCUUCGUAGUGGUACGACGCCCCUACGCCUACAUGUACAACAGUGACAAGGACACGGUGGAGAGAUUUGUGCUCAACCUCUCCACGGCCCAGGUGGAGUACAGCGAGGACCAGCAGGCCAUGCUCAAGACGCCCAACACGUUUGCGGUGUGCACAGAGCACCGUGGUAUCCUGCUGCAGGCCAACAGUGACAAGGACAUGCAUGACUGGCUGUACGCCUUCAACCCCCUCCUGGCGGGGACCAUCCGGUCCAAGCUCUCCCGGAGGAGGUCUGCACAGAUGAGGGUCUGAGCCAGAGCCCCCCACCAGCCAGCACCCGGCUGUCCCUCGCCCCGUCCCCGUCUGUCCUGUCCUGGCUGCCUAGCCUUCCCCUGCCAGGGAGUGCCGGGCCCGGGCCUAGGGCCAGCUGUGCCCCAGGGAAGCCUGCCCGAGUCCUUCUUUCUUCCUCCUCAGCUGCUCUGGGUGGGGAGAGCUGGGGAUCUGAGGGAGGCCAGAGGGCACAAGACCCCGUGUUGCCGCCACUCUAAUAUUUUUUUAAGCAUAGACAGACUUAUAAUUAAUAUACAGUAGUUAGUGACGUUGAGACAGUCCUGAGAAAUUAACUGUAACUGUGUUCUAUUUAUGAUAUUUAUUUCUAAUGCCUCCGAGUAGACCUGCAAGACCCAGCGGCCACCCUCCCUGUUUGUUCCCUCUGCAUCUCCAGCCUUCGGGCAGAGCGGGGGAAGAGGAGUUUGGACGUGGGACCCUCGGUUGGCACACAGGCACACCUGGGCCAGGUUUCCCUGAGCCUCCUCCAGGUGUGUGGGGUCUCCAGGUGCUAAGGUGGUGCCAGCAGGAUUGAGAGGGUGAGCGGACCUGAGCUGGGACCAUGGGGGGCCAGGAGGGAGGAGGCCAGGGUGUCCAUGGCGCCCAGGCUCACCAGUUGUGUCCAGACUGUCGGGGCCGGUGGCUGGGUUCAGACACAGGGCUCUUGGGCAGCAGGCAAGGUCAGCAUUCAGGGUGUGGGUCCCGGCCUCCAGGGCCUCCCUGGUGCUGUGAGGACGCAGAGCCCCAGGCUGCUCUGGGAGGAAGUUCUGUGAUUGGAAGCUCCUCACACACACCCUCCUCUCCACCCCAGGGAGCAGACUCCAUGCACGGGGCAUGUCUUGGCAGGUGGGUGAGGGCAGAUACCAGGCUGUCUUGGCUGUCCAGGGUUCUUCUGCACCUGGGGAAUUCCCACUCACAGGCCAUUUGGAAAAUCAGAAACCAAACUGCAAGUCCCCUAACCCUACGGCCCACCUGGACCAGGCUGCUGUUGGGGCUGGGCACCUUCCACCCCCUUGCCAGCUCCUGCUGCUUGGUUCAGAUGAGCCGGGGGCUCUGAGGUUCCCCAUCAGCCCAGGUGGUCCCUGAAUGGCACUACCCUGACUAGUGAGCUCAAGCCACUCUCGGAGGAAGAGACUAGGUGUGUGGGCCUCUUUCAUGCUGACAAACAAGUUCAGGUCUUCCUUGGGGAAACCGUCCAGGCCUCUGGACCCUCACCCCAGACCGCAGGGCUCAGGGUGAGUGGUAUUGUGGAAGCAGGAUCUGAGCCUGCAGCCAGCACAAGACCAGAUGCAAGCUCGUCCUCCCACCAGGCUCCGCUGCAGCAGGGGUGGCUGCCUCGUCCCCAGGGCCCGGGGCCUCUGUCGGAGCGUCAGGUCUUAGGAAACCACAGCUGUGCAGUGGGGGCCACGCAGCGCUUUCUUUAGAGGGCUCCUUGAGGACAGUGCCGUCCCAGACUGAAGUAAACCUUGUGCAGAAACCAGGUGACCGCCCUGUGGACCGUGCGGGCAGUGGGCUGAGACACAGCAUCCAGAUGGCACUCACUCUGGUACCCGUGACCCCCUCGAGGCAGGGAGGGUGGGACAGAGCACCUUGCUCUGAGUUGAGUUGGAUUUCAAGGCCACACCCUUCACAGCAGGCUAGAGUCCAGGCCCACCACGGCCACUCAGGUCAGCCAGCCUGAAGCCGUGGCCUCGGAAAGGUCUGGGCCGCCCACCAGCGGGUGUCUGAGGCCAGCCAACCUGCAGAGCACCUGCUGUCUGGGGUCAGGCUGAGGGAAAGGCCAGGAGCCUGGAGCCCUCUGCAUUCAGAAGACCCCCCCCCCCAUGAAGGCCUGGGCGGUGCCAUUUUGGCAUCGGCUGGCACUGAGAUGGGCCCCUGCCCUGUGGGCCGUCCAGAGUCAGUCUGCAGAAACAGGAGAGGCCAAGGGCAGUGCGUCCACAAGGUGGGAAGCCUGGUUUCUGUUUGCCCACCCUGCCCGAAACCACCCACGUACCCAGCCAGCUGAGGACAGUUGCCCCCACCCCUGGAAUGCUGUGUCCACAUCUGUGCCGUGGAGAGACCCUUGGGGUCUUCCCAUCCUGUGACGCGGAGGGGAGCGCCUGGUCUGGCUGUGGCCCCCAUUUCUUGCUGGUACGGAGGUGAGAGGUCGAGACAGCCAUCUCUCCUGGUGGUUUGGUUCUGAGGCUUAAUACUGCCCAGCUCUGGCCUUGCUUUGGCCUGGGGGAUGCCGGCUCCUGGGGUCCUGUGGGGUUGAGAAGCCCAAGGCCUCCUGCUAAGUGGUCCUGCCAGCAUAGCUGCCGAGAGUGGCCUUCCACAUCCAUCCUGGUCCCUAGAGCCUGGGGCACCUGGGGGUCCUGAACGUGGUCAGGGGUACUGCGAGCGGGGUUGUGGUGCUGGUCCCGUGCCAGCUCGGCCAGGUCUGGGGCCCCAGAAGGCAUCCUCCUUUACCCCUGCAGCCCCAGGUUGGACACAGGCUGUGACGGCCCCCGUCUCUCCCCGGGUUGUGCUUCCUGUAGUUGGUCUGUUCUGAGUGCCCCUGCAGCUUGGAGGCUGCAUCCCUGGCUUGUACAUAUGUGAUUGCUGUGGGACCCUGUGUCAUCUCCACUACCCCGAUGUAGCGACUCUCCCCACGUCUUACCCGAGUGUUAGCUCUAGGCCCCUGUACUGUGUGUGCAUCACGGCUGUGUCCAAGUAAGAAAUAAACGUGGCUCUACGCAACCCAUA